ACCCCGGGGCAGGGGUAAAGCUUGGAUGGUCUUAUAAAAACCUGCCUGGCCUUUCACCAGAGCAGGCUUCUCCUCAUAGCUCCGCACUUCUGCCCACUGAGGGAAGGUUCACGUGAAGCUGGGACAAUGACCAAGCUGGAAGACCACCUGGAGGGGAUCAUCAACAUCUUCCACCAGUACUCAGUGCGCACGGGGCAUUAUGACACCCUGUCCAAGAGUGAGCUGAAGAAGCUGAUCACCACGGAACUCGUGAACACCAUCAAGAACACCAAAGAUCAAGCUACUAUUGACAGAAUAUUCAAAGAUCUGGAUGAAGAUGGAGACCAACAGGUUGACUUCAAUGAGUUCCUGUCCCUGGUGGCCUCUGUGCUGGUGACUGCUCAUGAGAACAUCCACAAAGAGUAGCAAGCGCUCUGAGUGAUGUCCCCAAGGGGCCCUUCACUUCCCACCAAAGCCCAGCCUUGCCCGAGGGAGUAGGUGAAUAAAAUACUCAUGA